GUGAGACUCUGUCUCAAAAGAAAGAAAAAUAAAAGAGCCUUGUACUCAAGCUUUUACCCAUACCACUCUUGGGGUUUGGGGUACCGAAGUGUCCCUGUUGUGGACAACAGAGGACAGGAUGGGACCAGCAUGUGGUGGGGGGCUCUGAAGGCCAUGUGCUCAGUCUGAAGCAGUGGGUGCUGUGAUACCAUCACCAGGUGGGCCACGCUCCUGGUCUAGGGGCUGCUCUGAUGCUGUGGCCAUCUGGGUGCCGACUAAGGCUGGAGUGCUAGCAGAUGGGCAUUUCCUGCGCAGCGGGUUUGUUAAGAUGUUUUAGAAGCUAUCCACCAUUCUCAGACAUAUGUAUCAUAGGAACCUCAGGGGAGAAGGGCACAGAGGAUUGAGGGCCACUGACCAUUAGUGUCAGGGGGAAGGUGUCCUGUUCCCCAAGCUGGAGGGAUGUGCUCAGCAGGAAGCUUUUGGGUCUGUGCCUCUGGGAAGUUGUGGGUCGUGUGUGGGGGUGCCAGCCGUGUGGUCACCUUGCUGAGCCUUAGUUUCUGUGUUAGUAGCAGGAAGUUGGACCAGGUUGUCUCCAGGGCUCCCCAGAGCUCUAGAGCUCUGCUUCCCAGACUCUUGACCACAGGUCAGUUGAUGGCUUCUCACCGUUGCCUGCUGCACAUCGCCGUGGACUUCGUUUUCUCUCGAGAGGAUUGUUCUGGAAUUGAGACAUGAUGUGCUCUGUGUUCUUCCUUAGGGCUUGGCAGUUCUCGGGGGUCACGGCUCUCAUGGCUGCAGCUAGCAUGAGCCCCCCCAGUUCCCUGGACUUGCUGCAGCCUGGCUUCUCCAAGAGCCUCCUGGGGACCAAGCUAGAGGCCAAGUACCUGUGUUCUGCCUGCAGGAACGUCUUGCGGAGGCCCUUCCAGGCCCAGUGCGGCCACCGGUACUGCUCCUUCUGCCUGACCACUAUCCUCAGCUCUGGGCCUCAGAAUUGUGCUGCCUGUGUUCACGAGGGCAUAUAUGAAGAAGGCAUUUCUAUUUUAGAAAGCAGUUCGGCUUUCCCGGAUAAUGCUGCCCGCAGGGAGGUGGAGAGCCUGCCGGCCGUCUGUCCCAGUGAUGGGUGCACCUGGAAGGGGACCCUCAAGGAAUACGAGAGCUGCCACGAAGGCCGCUGCCCACUCAUGCUGACCGAGUGCCCCGCGUGCAAAGGCCUGGUCCGCCUUGGUGACAAGGAGCGCCACUCAGAGCAUGAGUGUCCGGAGAGGAGCCUGAGCUGCCGGCACUGCCGCGCACCCUGCCCUGGAGCAGACACAAAGGCGCACCACGAAGUCUGCCCCAAGUUCCCCCUGACUUGUGACGGCUGCGGCAAGAAGAAGAUCCCUCGGGAGAAGUUCCAGGACCACAUCAAGACCUGUGGCAAGUGUCGAGUCCCCUGCAGGUUCCACUCCGUUGGCUGCCUGGAGACGGUGGAGAGAGAGAAGCAGCAGGAGCACGAGGCACAGUGGCUGCAGGGGCACCUGGCCAUGCUGCUGAGCUCUGUCUUAGAGGCAAAGCCCCUCUGUGGAGACCAGAGCCAGGUGGGAUCGGAGCUUCUGCAGCGGUGUGAAACACUGGAGAGGAAGACGGCCACCUUUGAGAACAUCGUCUGUGUCCUGAACCGGGAGGUGGAGAGGGUGGCCAUGACUGCCGAGGCCUGCAGCAGGCAGCACCGGCUGGACCAAGACAAGAUCGAAGCCCUGAGUAAUAAGGUGCAGCAGCUAGAGAGGAGCAUCGGCCUCAAGGACUUGGCGAUGGCUGACCUAGAGCAGAAGGUCCUGGAGAUGGAGGCGUCCACCUACGAUGGGGUCUUCGUCUGGAAGAUCUCAGACUUUGCCAGAAAGCGCCAAGAAGCUGUGGCUGGUCGCACGCCAGCCAUAUUCUCCCCAGCCUUCUACACCAGCAGGUACGGCUACAAGAUGUGUCUACGCAUCUACCUGAACGGAGACGGCACUGGGCGCGGGACACACCUCUCUCUCUUCUUCGUGGUGAUGAAAGGCCCGAACGACGCUCUCCUGCGAUGGCCCUUUAACCAGAAGGUCACCUUAAUGCUGCUGGACCAGAACAACCGGGAGCACGUCAUUGACGCCUUCAGGCCGGACGUGACCUCGUCCUCUUUUCAGAGGCCGGUCAACGACAUGAACAUCGCCAGCGGCUGCCCCCUCUUUUGCCCCAUCUCCAAGAUGGAGGCUAAGAACCCCUAUGUGCGGGAUGAUGCCAUCUUCAUCAAGGCCAUCGUGGACCUGACGGGGCUCUAGCUACCAUCCACCAGAGGCCGGGGCAGCCGGCAUAGCCGGCUCAGUGAGGGGCCGCCACGCUGGGCCAGGGCCUCACCGCACAAGGGUGGGUGGGGGCCAGGCUUGGGCGCUUGGGAGGGUGUCGCCCGAAGCCCACAUCAGCGCCACACAAAGGAAGGCGCUGCUGGACAGUCCUCAGAUCUCUGACUGCGUGGAGGGCCCUGGGGGAUGGGCACAGCCCAAGGCCCUGGCGGGAUCAGCUGAGGAUCUUCAAGGGCUCCCGGUGGAACCGCCCUUGCUGUCUGCUCUAUACAGGAGGAGGGCCCCUGGGUGGGGGUGCUCGGAGAGGAGCACAUUCUAGCAAGGAGCAUGUUCAGAGCAGGGCGUGUGUAGCAGGAGCGUGGCAGCUGCUUCGUGGUCAGGAGGUGGGGCUGCCCCAGUCCAUCCACAGAGCAGGGAGCACCAGGUUACUGGGUUUUGCCCUCUGGCCCCUCGGGGGAAGGGAGCGUUGUUAGACCCCUGGGUGCUCGUCUGGGCAGAGCUCCUGCCAGUGCUGGCUUGGCUGGGCCAGCGGGCAGGAGAGGGUGCUGGUCCCGCGCAGUCCAGCCCUGCCGGGCGACGUGUGUUAGCUGCACCAUCCGGCUGAGAAGUCAUUAUUAAACCGUUCAGAUCUCUGUGGCGAGUGGCGUC